UGUGUGUGCGUGUUUCCUUCUGUCUCUCGCCCGCGAAGUCGUCCAUUGUGUCAAAGGUGUAAAAAACGACGUCUUUUCAAUUUCGCGUAGAAUAUUUGGUGCACAAAAAUGUAAAUUUUCUUGGUUUAAAUCUGUUUUUUAGUUGCUUUUCGAACGGAAUCGCAUCGAGAGUUUCCGGUUCACGAAAUUACCAUCCCAAAUACAAAUAUAGUGAAUUAUCUGAAAUAUUCUGGCAAAGUAUCCUUCAGCUCUACCCGUUUUAGUAGAAAACAGCAGACGUCGUUUCGGAUUUCAUCCAAGUUGAAGUGAAAAACUUUUCCGACAAGCUUGUUGCUGAAUUGCAUACUAGUGAUAGGACAGAAGAUAGAUCGUCGUAAGAAGGAUUCAUUCGGAUACGGUCAUCCGGAGGAACCUACUCAAAGCUGGCGGUUCGAAUGAGUGUGAAGAAAGAAGCACUGGCCCAUAUCACACGAAUCCAACGCCGUGGUCGUUGCCGUCUUUCGCGGCACCAGCAAGCACUGCAGCAGCUGUACAAUGACCGAGAGCCAGGCCAGUGAACAUCUCCGGAACCGGCAAUGGCAGAAGGCGAAGGAAAUAUAUGAUCAAAUCUUGGAUUCAUCUCCGACUGAUCCUAAACUACCAAAAGAGCGCACCAUCUCGUGUCUCUAUGGUAGAACCGAAUGCUGUUUGGAGCUAAAACAAUACGACGUCGUCACAGAAGAUUGCCACCGUUUACUAAAGCUGCUGAAUGGUACAGACCGUGCAACAGAUUCGGCCAGUCCAACUCCGUCGUCAGCUUCGUCAUCAUCUUCAUCGACGUCUAGUUCUUCAACACCGAACAACACAACCGGGACAACCGAGUCGAAAGUGAGGAAACGGUUGAUUCACUCUUUGUUUAAACAGAGAAAGUUUGUCGAAGCCGAAAGCAUCCUGCAGGAGUGGUCAGAUAAUCAUAAUUCCCACCAGGACAUCAACCGGUACCUGGAACGUCUGAAGAUUGUUCUGAAAAUGGCAUCGGCUAAUUCAUCGCCUACUCCUGCUUUAAGUGGAGUUGAGCAAACAUCACAGCCUACGGCGACAACGGACAGCCCAUCGUCGUCACCGGAGUCCACGCCAACGUCCACCAUUUCAUCGCUUUCAUCCAUCAACGAUGAAUACGAUCAGAUCGAAACAAAACUAGAAAAUCUCAUUAUCAACAACCUGCCUCCUGAUCGAUACACCAAGCAGUUGAGUCAAAUCGAAAGCAACUUGCGAGGAACACCAGGAACUCAUACGCAAUCCAAUGGCGAAAGCAACGGGGACGACAGUAACGUAGAUUCCAACGAGUCUCGGGAACAUCAGUCCAGUGAGAAAGAAUCGGACUCGGGUGGCGAUGGCAAUGAUACGAAAACAUCGAACGGUAGCGACGAAAACAACACUAGUGUCCGGAGUACCCGAAGCGACACAGAGCAAGGAUCUAGAGAUUCUACGACUGCGGGUAGCGAGAACCUAUCGGCGUCGGCUGAGGCCCCUGCGGAUAAGUCCUCAUCGUCGUCAAACACCUCCGGCAACGUAAACAAUUUCCAAAAGCAGCUGGACAAAAUUACGAACAUCAGUUGCGUGUACUGUACGUUGACCUUUGCGGACCGGUCGGAGCUGCGGGCGCACUGUCAAACCGAAAGCCACCAGAACAUCAUUAUGUCGGACGAGGGUCGUGACUGGAAAUGGCGACCGCCUCCACGUGGCUACACGGCGGAAUCAUACACGCUAUGUGAGAACUACGUGGAAAACCAAAUUUGUCAUUACGGUAACCAGUGCGUGGAAGCUCACGGAACCGAUGAACUGAAUGAGUGGAAAGAACGUUUCCAGUAUCGGACAAAAAAGCUUGAACGCGCGAGAGAUAAGGAGUUGUAUGGAAAAAGUUACACCGAACAGUUGCUGGAACGAUGGGUCCAGGCGCCCAGCCCGGACAAGGUAAUGAAGGAGAAAAUUGACGGGGUGGAGGAGUCCUGCUCGCAGGACCUGGUGACUACGGUGAGCUCCAAGGUGAGCAAGCGGGAAUGGACGUUUGUGUUGAAGACGCGUAGGCUGUUGAAGGCGGUGGCACUGCUCCAGGAUGCCCAUCGGAAUCACUUCAUUAUAAAGCAGAUCUUCCCUGGCGAACCGAGAAGUGGCAGCGUCGGUAAGAAGAUGGGUCAAACAGUAGCCGGAAACAGGGUAGUAGAAGCGGAGUUGAUGUCUGAUCAGGAAUGGGUAGCUUCUUCGGAAAAUAAGCAUGGUGAUCAUAUGAACGAGGCAGGUCCCAUGUUGGAACACAGAGUGAAGGUUGUGUUCAAUACCGACAUCUACGGAACGUUUCGACAAGCAGUGGUGUUCGACCUGGGAAGUGAGCCAGUUCUUGUGAAGCAUAUCUGCGUUGACGUUGUUCCCGUUACAGAGGUAGAUAAGAUACAGGAAAUUCGCAAGGACAUUGUGAUGUCUACGACGGAACGAUGGGACGAAACCAAUUCUGAGAUGAUAGAGUUCACGACGGCCAUCAUUCCACACAUGCAUACACCUGCCUAUGCUGCAGACGCCGAACGCGAAAAGGAUCUACUGGCCAGGUAUCCUCUACCGAAAGCAACAUCCUUCGUACUAACGCAAUCUACUAUCACAGAGAAAAAGGUAACCAAGAACAAUUACCGUAACCGUACUCACGAACUGCUGUACGUGGAAGAGAUUGCCCGAUACGAACAAAUAGCUCGGUACAAUCUGACAACGAGACUAACGAUAGCGACUAAUUACCUGUUGACUCCGAGUGGCAUGGCCACUAGCACAGCCAAGUACUCCCAUUCCGGUGAACUAUUCGCGCUAAUGAAACUCGGAAAAGAUGUUUCCGAAGACACCUCGGCGGGUCGUUUGAUCCUGAACAAUUGCCAAGCAGUACUGAUUGCCUCGAAGGAUCCCGUCCCGCCAGGAGAGAAGCGCAAGGUUUACGAGGCCGUCAUUGAGGACAAAGGGAAGAACAUGAUAUAUCUCAAAGUGUCGGCUAAGGCUGUCGCCGGUCUCGGAUUAAAGGCGGACACCGAGUUCGUUGCAGACAUUCAGUUUCAACCGAACCGCCUUACCUACUGCGAAUGGCAUCACGCGAUCGACAAAAUUGCCGAUUUCAGGAUAAUUUUCCCGGAUAUCUACCUGGAACCAAACAUCCCUUGGACGCCCCAGCGUCAGUGGGAUGCCUCGCUGGAUCCGAAACUGAACUCCAAGCAGAAGGAAGCAGUGGUGGCAAUAACGACGCCCAUCAACGUAGCCCUGCCCCCAAUUCUCCUAAUCGGACCGUUCGGUACCGGAAAAACCUACACACUGGCGCAAGCCAUCAAACAGUUGCUACUGCAACCCGAAUCGAAAAUUCUCAUAUGCACGCACUCCAACUCGGCGGCGGAUUUGUACAUCAAGGACUAUCUGCAUCCGUGGGUCGAGGAUGGGAUGGAGGAAGCCAAACCGUUGCGCGUUUACUACCACAAGCGAUGGGUGGCCACGGUCAACAGUAUUGUGCAGAAGUAUUGCCUAAUCGACUUGAACAUCAACGUGCGGAACUUUCGCCGUCCGACGGUGGAGGACAUUCUGAAGCAUCGCAUCGUCGUGGUAACGCUGAACAUUUCGAUGGAAUUGGCAUCAUUGGACCUGCCAAAGGGACACUUUACCCACAUCUUUCUCGACGAAGCUGCCCAGGCGAUGGAAUGUGAAGCGAUCAUGCCACUGGCGCUGGCAACGGAGAAGACCCGCAUCGUCCUGGCCGGAGACCACAUGCAGAUGUCGCCGGAGCUGUUCUCCAACUUUGCCAAGGAACGCAAGUUGCACAUUUCGCUGUUGGAGCGUUUGUACGAUCACUAUCCGAAUGAUUUCCCUUGUAAGAUCUUGCUGUGUGAGAAUUAUCGUGCGCAUGAGGCCAUCAUCAAAUUCACGUCGGAGCUGUUCUACGAGCAGAAGUUGAUUGCGUCGGGUAAGCAGCCGAGACAUGAAAAGUUUUACCCGCUGACGUUUUUUACGACAAGAGGCGAGGAUGUGCAGGACAAGAAUUCGACGGCGUUCUACAAUAAUUCGGAGGUUUAUGAGGUUGUCGAACGGGUUUGCGAGUUGCGGAAGAAGUGGCCUAGUUCUUGGGGGAAAAUCAACGAUCAGAGUAUAGGCAUCAUGACACCAUACGCGGACCAGGUAUUUCGGAUUCGUUCGGAAUUGAGGAAGAGGCGUAUGGGAGGGAUAAGUGUGGAACGCGUUUUAAACGUUCAGGGCAAGCAGUUUAGGGCUAUAUUUCUGUCGACCGUAAGGACAAGACGAACCUGUAAUACGGGGUCUGCUGGCGAAGGCAGUAAAUCAUCCGAAGAUGUUGAUUAUGGGUUCUUGAGCAAUUCGAAGCUGCUGAAUACAGCGAUAACCCGAGCCCAAAGUUUGGUGGCAGUAGUUGGAGACCCAGUGGCGUUAUGUUCGAUUGGCCGAUGUCGAAAAGUGUGGGAACGGUUCAUUGAGAUAUGCUACCAAAACAAGAGUUUGUUCGGAAUCACAUGGUCCUUGCUGCGGUCACAGUUGGAUGGGGUGGAACUGAAGAAGACCUAUGUGUUGAACCCACUUGCUCCAGAGUUUAUACCGCGAGCACUGCAAGCCGAAGCAUAUCUACGUGAGCAGGCAGCAAACGUUACGGGACAGUUUCAUCAGCCACAGUCCCAUCAUGGUCAGCAUCCUAACAACUAUCAUCCACAGACAAACCAGAACUUCUCUGGUGGUCACAGCGGAGGUGGUGGUACUGGUAGUGGUGUUCCAAAUAGUAAUAUGAUGCGACAGAUUGUCCCUCAGCAACCAAUGCAACAACCGCAACCUCCGUUUAUGGGACACGGUCCAGCACACGGUGGACAUCCCCCUAUACCACAGCCGGCACAGCAACAGUUUCCAUAUCAGAACCCAAUGUUCUUCUAUCAACAGCAGCAGCAGCAACAACAGCAAUCCCAACAGCAGUCACUACGAGGUCCGCCGCCGCAUCCCAAUUCGCUUGGGCCACCUGUUCCGCCUAAUAUUUCUCAAGGACCAGCUGCAUUUCAGCCAAACAAUCCGGCAAAUCUGUGGAGUGCUCCUGGAACCGGUGGUCAUUUUCCGAUGGUUCCCUCGCCCGGUGGUCGCAACACUCCACCUGGCUGGCGACUCCCUCAGAAAAAUUCCGCUCAACAAAUCCGACCACAGCUGGCUCAGCAUCAGCAUAUGCAACUAACACCUAGUGGAGGAAGACCGCUUAUUCAACCUCCCCUGAAAAGCCCUGUAUCUCAACAGCAAUCGCUAUCAGCUGUUCCACAGAUGCCUUACAUUCAACAACCUCAAAACAAAAAUAUGCAAAAUUUUGCUCCAUUCGGUCACCAUCAGGCCCAUCCUCCAGCUCUUGGCCAUCACCAACAACAACAGCAGCAGCAGCCACAACCCCAACAACAACAGCAGCCUCAUCAACUACAUCAGAAUCACAUUCGCCCUAUUCUUGGCGGUCCCAUCAGUCCCAGUUCCUAUCAACAACAGCAACAGCAGCAGCAACAACAACAGCAGCCCCAUCAGUCGUCUCUCUACACUCAACAAGAUCCAUACCUGUCCAAUCUAUCGAAUGAUCUGAUAGCCACAAUCACAGCUAGAGCGUCCCAGCUACAGAUGCCAUCCGGCCAUCCACCGCAAAGUUUGUUACAUCAACAAACACAGAAAAUGAACCCACUGCGAAUGGAUGACCGAUUGGAUAAGGAUAUUCAGUUCCUUCAGAACGUACAUUUUCCGGAUAAGUACGGUCCAGCGUCACAACCUCUACAACAGUCGCAACAACAUCACCACCAACAGCAGCACCAGCCUCAUUCAAGCUCAGUAGGUGCCGCUUCCGAUUUCAAUCACUUGCUACCACCCUAUAUGAGCUUCCAGGACGUUGCUCUUCAGAGCAGAGAAUACCAGUACAUUUGGUUCGUGAAGCUGGUGGAAACCCAAGGACUGGAUGCGGCCAAUAAGUUUAUCGAAAUCCUUCGGCAGAUUCCAACUCUUGCAAACCACCACAAUCCACAGCCACCACAGCAAAAGAAGCAGAACCCGUUGCUACCUUCUCAAGCUGAUCUGUUCCUCGAGAACAUAUUGAAUACCAACAAAGACGUCCUAGCACCACCGACCAACAUCCAGCAGUCCUCGAUGCUACACCAGCCACACCAAAGCAACUCCAUUGCCAAUGGAAAUGCUUUGCUAGCCUGCCAAACCAGCGGUGCUGGAGGCAAAAGCCUGCUGGAUAGUGUUGACCUAUUCGGAAAUCUGUCCUCGUCGCUGCAGAACGAUAUGGCCCCUCUCAUGGGUUCCAACUCUUCGGCAUCUUCUUCACAGCAAUCGGUACCGCUGUACCGCCGACAAGCCGGCCAAAACUACCAGAACAACCACAGUACUGCUUCUUCAUCCAACACCCAAUCCGUAGCGUCUUCAUCCACGCCUGAUCUGUUGGAUAACCAUCUUCAGCAGUCACUGUUCGAAGCGUUGGACGGUAAACUACAUCCCGGAAACACCAGCGGCAACAUGAUGUUUGGCGGUCAGAAUCCAUCCCAGUACGGGGAUCAAUCGAAUGGUUUCCAAGGGUUCCCAUCGAUACACAACCUAGCAGCAGGACUAAUGCAGCACCAGCAGCAGCAGCAACAGCAACAACACAAUCUCAAUACCCGAGACUUUUGGCAUCAACUACAGCAACAGCAGCAGCAACAACAACAGCAUUUGCAUGAGAAUCGUGGCAAUUCGGCCUCCAACAGCACCGCCGCCACUACGGUUGAAGAGCUACUGAACCGCCAGAAUCAAACCUACGCCAGUGUGCUGAGUCAGGCGGCGGCGGCUGGAAGCGGCAAACAGCUUUCGGGAUCAUCGAAGGACGGCAGCGGAAUGGGAAACGAUGGGAGCAGCAGUGGAUCCGGAGGGGUCCCGUUCGCUGCCCUGCGAGAUAUGGGCCGGAAAAGCAACGGGUAUUACAAUUACUUUCAGUAGGGAGGAAAUGGGCGUAGAUCAAACGCGGAUGGAAGGCGCAGCGGUAAGUAACAUUUUCGGCAAGAUGCGAAGCUUGAUGGUUGCGCGCGAUAUGAUGAUUCUCUAAUUUAACAAAUCUUUAACUAUAGACGAUGUAAUAUGAAGCGAAAUGGGGUGAUAGACGAGCGAAGGAGGAGUAUAUUAUAGGGAAUAGAAACAACAAUGAUUGUUGAAAUAGGAGGUAAUCAUCAAAAUCAAGACUGGAGCGGAAACCAGAGACAAGUCUGGUAGUAUUGAAUUACAAAUUUCAUUUAAUUUUAUCAUUUUGAGUUAGGAUUAAAAUUAUCGUUAUCGGGUAAGAGGAAAUUAUAACUUGUAUACUAAUGGGCAACUAUUGCAACAUUUCGAUUGGAGAACAAUACAUUAUUGAAAAACUUGAGCGAACAACGAGGGCACGCAAUGGAGGGGGCCAAUGGUUCUACACUGUUUUCGUUUUGGUUCCUAAUUGACUUAUUCCGAUUGUUUUGGGUAAAAUUUCAUUAUGCUAGAGUGUCGAGCGGUCGUUCCAAAAGAAAAGCGUCAUCUAUCUGAAAAAUUAAACUAUCAGAUGUUUUCUUAUUGGUGAAAAGUACAAGGCUCACUUAUCUCAAAAGGUACAUAAACGUUACCGUCAUGCGGGUCUUCAUUUGACACAUCUUUACGAUUUUUCAACGUUAACUCUCAAAAUAUACAGCUGAUGUAGUAACCUUGCAAGUAACUCCGGGAGAAAUUACUUGAAAUCUUCUGGAAAAUAAACCGUGAGAAAUCUUAGACAGAUGAUAUCAAUGACGACUUCUUCAACCAAAUACUAAUUCUUACUACGGGCUGUGAAAGAAAUAACAAGACGACACUUUCAUGACAUUUCGCAUGCCUGCUCCAGCAAAAAGAUCGAGAAAAACAAAUAGGAACAAUUGAAAGAAUCCUGGGAAACCUCAGAGUAUUUUCGGAAGGAAUCCUCGAAGAUGGAAUCUCACGAAAAAUUUCCGGGAAAACGUCUGCAAAAAACUUCGUAUUCAUCACGAAAUCUUGCGUUAGAUUCCAAGAAGUGGGAGGAAUCCACAUAUUAAUUCCGGAAAUAUUUACUUCAUUCUGGAAAAUGGUACUUUCCGGAAACGUCGAGAAUGAGAUUUUAUGAGGUUCAUAGACGCAGAGCAUUCGGAAACAGUGAAAUCGAGAUCCAAGCGUGUAUCGUGUUUGAAUUUUUUAUUUUUACCGAUUGGGUGCUUGUAGGACAAGCAUGGCUCUUUUACUUGGCUUCUUGUUUAUGAUGAUUUCCUCUAAGUUUCGAAUUCUUACAGCGUAGCUUUGCGAAAACGUACUGAAAAGUGAUGCGGUAAUCAUUGAAACGGUCAGAGGACAAUUCUUGAAGUUAGAAAACGUAGAAUUGCAAGUUCAUAAAAUAAAAGAAAAAAAAACAAAAAUGUUACAAAAAAAAAUAAAAAAUAAUACAAAAAUCCAAAAAGUUUCGUCUACUUAUAUAUACACACUUAUAUAACACAUUAAAUUACAUAAUUUAUAAAAAUGAAAAAAAAAAAAACAAAAUGGUAAAAUCUAAUGAAUCCAUGAAAAAUAUUCUUUUCUACUUAUGCAACCGUUUCGAUAUUUAGUCAUACCUUAGAUUUGUGUGUUUCGUUUGAUUUUCUAUUGACUUUCGAAGAAAUCUACUAAUAUGUGUUACUUUUAUUCCGUUCGUAACCAAUCUGAAUUGAUUCUGUCCGUCGUCGUUGUCGUAUACAUUAGCGGAAUCCCAACACCUAAAGCAAAACAUUGAAUGCCAAGGGCUUCAGCAAUAACUAUACACUUGCAAUAUUCCUGCUUCAGAACAAUUCCCACGCAUAUUUAGCUUCAGUGAAUAUGCAUAUAGAACAGUGUGGCAAAACGAGUAGCAGUAUUUUUAUUGAGGGGCAAAUGACAUGAGGUAAUUACAGAAUAUAGUACUAUUCGACCAAAAACCGGAUAUCUCGAGUUUCAUUGCUCGGGGCAAAUAAACAAAUGAAUUUAUAAAGUAUGAUUGUUCAUAAGAAUGUAUUAUUUUAAAGCCUCAUUAUCACUAUAUAGUCUGUAUUCGGUACACUCGGUCCAAUAAUAAAUUUGUUAUUCGGACAAAUAAUUCAGCGAAAUCUUGAUUAAACUGAUAUUUGGUUAAUAGAAUAUUCGGUACAUCCCUAAAUUAUUUGCUGUAAAACAAACUGGCAUAAUAAUAAGUAGCGCUGAUGGUUUGAUAUAACACCACCGAGAAACAGACGUCAAACUCUCAUUGCUUCCCAUCGAUCACCUUUUUAACGGUUGAUUCAAAUAUUCAGUAGUAGGUCGAUUGACCACUCGCUGCGCUGAUAUCGGUUUUGCUCCUGUUUGACGUUUGCUCACUAGUAGUGAAUCAAAAUUCAACCAUUGGUGAUUUGUUGUUGCAUGAAGAAGAAGAAGAAGAACGAUGGUGUUUUGAAAAAAUCCUAUCCCUACAACACAGGGGAAGUUUUUAAAAUGCCUCUAUAAUAUCUAAAACAAAAUCUAAUUAAAAACGGUUUGAUGUACGGUGUUAGACUUUCAACGGACUACAAAUUAAGUACCUUAUCAAGAAAAAAAAUUAAAUUCAAAUUUAUACGUUCAAUAUGUAGUCCGUCCAAAGUCUAACACCGUACAACAAACCGUUUUUAAUUAGAUUUUGUUUUAGAUUUUAUAGAGGCACUUUAAAAUCUUCCCCUGUGUUGUAGGGAUAGGAUUUUUUCAAAACACCAUCAUUCUUCUUCUUCUUCUUCAUGCAACAUCAAAUCACCAAUCGCGCAACAAUAAUGACAAUGUCGCAACCUGUAUUUGUUGCGACAAACAAACCCAUGCGACAUAAGUUUAUCCCAACUUGAAAAUAAUAGGAUUAACAUCGUACACCACGAGUUUAGAGAUUUUUAAGCCUUGCAUUGCGAUUUUCGAACGGUAACUUCGAGUCGGUAAACACUGCAACUCUGGUGAAGCUCUGUCAUCAAACAAUUCCGACUUUGGGUUAGCAAUAAUUGAUUAUUCACGAGUUGAAAAGUAUGCAACACAUUCAGCUUCCGUUUUGUCUGCAACAAAAAAUUUCGAGAUCAUGUCAUUAUCUGUUACCAGUAGGGAUAAAGAGUAAUCGUCGCACCUUCUUUGUUGCUUGUUUUGUACCUCUUUUGUCUGACAAUUCUCUUCACUGCUCACUACCGCCAUCUAGUGGCGGCUCGGCCAAACACAGUACGCUUAGCAUAGGGCGAUUAUGUUUUCGUGGCGAUGCUUUACGUGGUGUUACGUCUGUUUCUCUGUGAUAACACGUAGAAAUGCAUAUUUGCCUUAAGCAACAUGUGAAACUACAGCGAGAACUAUAGUCAUGCCAAAUGACUGCUUAGAGCUACUUAUGGUUAGGCCACACAAUAAAUUAUCCACACACACGUAUCAUUUGGAACAAAGUGCAAUUAAAAUCAUCGUCACAAUAGUAUAACCGCCCAAUGCUAAUUACGCUGUGUUUCGCAAACCCAUUGAGUAGAUGGCGGUAGAGAGCAAACGUCAUACAGGAGCAAAAACGAUGCGAGCGCCAUGAGUGAGAGAUUUGUGAACUACAGAAUAUUUUAAGAGUCCGUUAAAAAUUUGACAAUACCUGACCAAAAUGGUCAAAUCUUAGUAGUCUGCUAGUUUUGACCUAAUUGAACGUAUUGUCGGGCCACCACCAAACCGGACGUCGCACAAUCAAGUCGCGACCCAACUCGCGACGUUUUGGAAUCAUGUCAAAAGUAGUGCGCAUCCUUCCCGUUAUUGUUAACAACACAGCGCACUCGAUGCGAAACAGUUGCGGCACUUGUGGACCAAGAAAAUGGCAAUUUUCGUUUGAAUGUCUGUCCUGAUUCCAAUCGGAUAGACAAUAUUGGAACAUGGUUUAGCUCUCAAUUUUAUAUUUAUGGCUUUUUCAUUAUAUAUCAAUUUUUUCGAACAAAAACCGAGCAAAAUGACUGUUUUUCAUACAAUUUGGCUAUACACAUCAUUAUGGCGCUAAUGUUUUGGCAGCUGCAAUUUUCCUUAAUCAAUUCUGUAUACCUAAACGAGCAUUUGAACGGAAUAUCCCUGCAAAGAGCAGCGGGGAGCGAUUUGUAAGACACUUCGAAGUCCAAGUGUAAAAAUGUCUCGUACUAAUGACAUAUAAUGUAAAUUUUGAAGCCAAAAGUGUUAUUUUGGAGUCUUGCUCCAUUGCAGAUGUCUGAUAUACACAAGAAUUUACGAAUAAGUAAUUGAAUUACUCAUAUUAACCGAUUUUUGUAGUUGUUGAACUAGUUUUUUUCAGUAAUUUUUCUAUCACAAACUUUUUAGUGCUGUAACAUGAUAAAAAAAUUAAUGUUUCCUAAUUCUUUAACAGCUAUUCAAUGCUCCUGAUAUUGUAGAUCAGUGCUCGAUAUACCAUAACAUAACCCAUUGAAGACAUGUUCAAAAAUUGAGUUUAUGCCAGCUUUUCUCGAAAUUGGACCUCUGUGGGCCAAACGACUUCCCUCCCGAAUACAUUUUUUUUGAAAAUCAAUACGCCAAAUGAGUCAUUCGGUACUAUAAUUUUCAGCCGCAUCUGUUUGGUUAUUUAUUCAUAACAUUUCUUCAGUAACGUGAAUUUCAGCAGACGCAACGAUAAAUCAAAUGUUCUGGUGAGCUCGUUUCAAGUUAUUUUCCGGUUUUGCAUCAGGUACUGAAAUUUUGUUUGGACUGCGAAAAUAUACUUUACUGGUAAAAUGUCACUAUGAAUGCUAGUUUAUGUAGUUCUUCAACAAAUAUUGAGAAGUUCGUCACGACAAAGGUAGAUUGAUCCACAGCUUGGGUUCGUUCUGCCACAUUCUGUAUCCAUAUUUCAUUACAAACAUUAAAACAAAAACUUCAGAUCGAAACUAAUAUUAAACCCUACAAAAAAAUAAAUAAAAAAAGACGAUCAGAUCGUCAGAAAAAAAAACAAUUUUUAUUGCUAGGCCUUAUUAUCCAGUGUCGAUUUUUCAAUCAAUUAUUAUGAUUACACUACUUUCCUUAGUUAGCGGUAAACGAUUGUGAAAACAGCUCUCAUUUUUAUAACAAAAUUAGAAAUUAUUAUGGUAAUUAUUGGAAUAUAUAAAACAAAAAAAAGAUACAAAAAAAAAACAAAAAAUAAAAAAUUACAAAAAAUUAAAUGUAACACAUAGAAACUAUUACUAACCACAUAGCUUGUUUCAGUAUUGCGUCACCUCAUGGCAUUCUCGAUGUACGAUCGUGACGCGAUAGGGAAACCAGUUGCGAUGGUGAUAAUACGUAGACAUUAACAUGUAUUAAUAAACUAUAUUGUGACAACACAAGAAAAAAUAAUAAAAAAUGUAAAAAAAAAACUUAAAAAUCCAAAAAAUCGAAAAAACUAUUAUUGAUGAAACCUAGUAAUUAAUGUAUAACUGUAUAUGUAAAAUAUAAUUAUAUUAACUAUUACACAAAAAUUAAAAGAAGAAUAGAAGCAAAGCAUAUAUUUAAAAAAAAUACGUGGAAAAUCUAUUAAUGUACUUUUUACUAGAGCAAAAAUGAAAAAAAUAAUGAUAAAUACAAAGAAACAAUAUGGUGGCAUAUACACAUUAAAUUCAUUUGACGGGAAUCUCAUAUGAUGUAGGAUAUCUCGUACACCUCAACCCUUCUUUACGUUCAUCGUUGGCUGAACAGAAAAGUGUUCUGCAGUCAAGAUAAUGAUAUGUUUAAUUUGCUUAUUGUCUAUUUAGAACCGAUUCACUUGAUUUUUGAGAUACAAUCAGAUGCGCACAGUAUCUAGCCAUGUUUAAAAAUUUAAGUGAAUCGGUUUGAAAUUGGCUGAGUUAUAGCAGCAAGUGCCCGAAAUAGAUGCUCCUGCCCAAAUGGUCCCAGACCCUAUUUUUUCUGCUAAGUCAUUGAUGAACCUUAGAAGAAAACGUGAUACACCAUAAUCUGGAAUGGAUUGGAUAGAUAGCUGGAAAACCAUUUUAAGGCUUACAAUAUUUUUCGGAAAAAAAAUCGCAAAGAACACCUUAGUACUACAUUUUCCAUAAAGCUUGUUUCCUGGGAAAAUAUUUCCCGGAAUGCAUUAUCUCCUGGAAAGUUGUUUCCCAGAAAAAGCACUUCCUGGAAACAAAAUUCUUUACACAGCGCUUAUGCAUAAAAAAGAUAAUAUCAUAUAUCACGAUGAUUAAAAUUUAUUUAUUUUUUCUGGGAAAUGUCUAUUAUAUGAAAAAAAAACUCAGUGAACCAUUUCCCCGUAUGUAGAAGAUUUUUUUUUCGCCAAUUACGUUAAAUUCAUAUGCUUUUUAUGUUAAGAGAACUUUUUAACUCAACCCUUUUCGAUACUUUAUCACAAAAAAACACAUUUCUACUAUUUCGUGCAGAGGCAUUUUUCAUGUGUGCAAAGAAUUUAGUUUCUGGGGAGUAGUAUUUCAGGGACUCGAUUUUCCAGGAAACGAAUUUGUCGAAAACGUUUUCGCUGAACAGCAAUCUGGGGAAUGUGAUACCACUUGCAGAAAUACUUUAUCCGGUAAUGAAACCUCAAAGUGAAAAUAGCACUAAAGUUGGUCCUAAAUGUACUAUUACAAAUUCAGUGAUUUCCGUAAAAUGAAUUUUGUGUGUAUUCAAAUCUCAGAUAGGUUACCUGUGCGAAAAACGGAUAUCAAAAUGAAAAUAAGAUGAAUUGUUCUACAGUGCUGUUUCCGGUCACGACUCACAACAUGAUCAUACUCAGACUAAAACCACACAGAAUGAGUGUGUUGUUUGGAUCCUGGCUAAAAGUUUCUUCUCUUUGAGUCGUUUUGUCAACUUGUUUUAAGUUAUGUCGAUUUUGUAGAUUUGGUUGACGUUAACUAACGUAGAUAUGAAAAGAGCAUGUGAGUCUCAUGUUCCGAAGAUUGGUUCGAAUUAAGUGCUCAAAAAGGUUUUUUUAUUCUACAAAAUUAAGAAUUGUGUGGUAUUUUCCGACGCCUAUCUUAAUUUCAUAUUGUAACCAGCUUUAAUGUUCCCACAAACCUAUUUUUAAACCAUAAUUGUUUUAAACAAGCGUAUAAAAUUUUCAUUGAUGUUAUGUUGUCAGUCGUCCUACGGAAAACUUAUGCUUCUAACAAGUUAGUUUACUUUUUAAUGCAUAACAGAAUUGGUUCUAUCAAUAGUAAAACACGCAAUCAGUAUUACAGAAUGCGGACAAAAUUGCGAAAAGUGUGCAACAAAACAGUCAUAGAACACAAUCACAUUCAUUUGAAAACGGUAAUUCAAAGUACAGUCACGCAUCAAAUAGGUUAUGUUUUCAUUGAUUCAAAUCACUUUAGAGAAUGGAUGCUGCUCGAUUUUGAAGAUUUUACCUAGGACAAGUUUAAUGGAAAUAUAUUAUGAAUAUUCCAGUCUACUUUUUCCGAUUUGGAUUGGAUCCCGUGCAAAGUAUACAUAGGAUUGUACUAUUCAGUUGUACUAAAUCAAAUUAUGUACGCAUGUACUUACCUUACCGGUCAGGCUAGUUGCAGCAGCGGCCAUUUGUCUUUUUGGUAAUUUUUCAUUCGGCCAAAUGUGUUUCGGCCAUCUGUCCAGAGACCAAAAAAUGUUUCUGUAUGGCAUGCACGAUAAAAUGUCUACCCAAAAUUAGGGCUUGAGGCUCAGGACAUCUAGCGUUGGGAAAACAAACUAAAAUUUAAAUAUGUUCUACAAAAAAAAUGAAUUAUCUUGAUCUUUUGUAUUUCGUUUGAACCAAAAUUUGAGAUGAGCGCGAUGUCUGUGGCAUAAAAUAUUGUCUAAAAAUCAUGAUCGCUAAGUCACCCACUAAAUGAAAGCUAAGGGUCCACUCUUUGAUUUGGCAAUAAAAGGGAAAUAUUCGUCUAGAACAAUUUCUAUUUUUUGAGAUUUCGAAAAAAAUUCCAAGAAAUACCCAUUUUUACGUACUUUAUACCCAAAAUUUAUAUGGUAAAAAAAACCCGAAAGAUCAUGUCGCUCUUAGCACCAAAUGAUAGGAGAGACCCUUAGCUUUCUCGUUUGGAGGGUGACUUAACGAUUCUGAUUUUUAUUAACUAAUACUCUUACCAUAGACACCGUGUAACGCUGAAAGGCUCCUUCAAAUAUAAUAUUUUAAAUUUUUUGAGCAUGUAAUCUCAUUCCAGGGUGGCCACAGACUCGGGAAAUUCGGGAAAUGCGGGAAAAAGUCGGGAAUUGAAAUUCAUCGGGAAAUAUGCGGGAAUAAGUCGGGAAUUUUGUUUAUGAUGUAAACUCAAACCUAGAUUUACUUGAACCUCACAAAUCCAGAUUCUUACACAGUUUCUGAAGGCUCACGCAGGGAUUUCAAAAACCUGAUGAGCGUUGGUUUUUGAAUAACGAGUGAUUUUAUGUUUGAUAGAGACUGUCCGUGUGACAGGUUUUUAUAGUCCGAGCAUCCGGACUUCAAUUUUGGCACAAACAUAUUUUAAAUCACAAUUUAAAAAAAUGAAGUUUUGAAAUCUCAAAAAACGUGAAAAAAGUUUCGCAAAAAUUAAUUGUGGCAGCCAAAUUUUGAAUGAUUUUAUCAGAAAUGCCAUAAAAUACUUCUCCAACAUUUUCUUUGAAAAUUUUUAGCUUGUUACAUUUGUAUCAAAAUGUGUGAUCAGAAUUAGUGACAUAGUUUUAGAGAUUCUAUCCAGAUUUUUCCUGUAGCAGUUCCUUGUAGUAGUUAGGAUUUUUUGCCAAAAUAUCUGGCUGAGCUUUAGGACAAGUUUCAAUUAAUGUUUUCAUUGAAACUUUUUUUUUAAUCAUUCAUUCCUUCGCUAGUGGAGGACUUUCUGAAACUAUUGCUUUGUUGGAGUUUUUAUUGGUAUUUCUAAAAAUUUCAGUUAAUAGAAAAACUCCCUGCAAUCACAAAAUCCAUCACACUAACAAUUUGGCAUUUAAAAAAAAUUGGAAUAAUUAUUAAAGGCAUUAAUAAUUCAGUCGUUUCUGAAGAGUCUCUGGUGUUUUUUAUGGAAUUAUUAAUUGAUGACGAAAUACUGGAAGGAACUCUUUAAGUGUUUUCUGUGUAACGAUUUGUAGAAUAACUGGAUUAAUUUAUAAAUGAAUACCUAGAAUCCUUGCAAUCACUUUUCCAUAAACUGAGCGGUUGGUACGAGAUGUCCCCACUCAUUGUCUUUAUUGCUGAAUUAAUAUCGCUGCACAGUAGGCCUGGCCGCUUUAAUGCUUGUAAUGCAUCUUCGAUGUACUGCAAUCAUUAAUAAUGACAAGAAAAAUGAUGGAACUAGUCGAUUCCAUCAUUUUCCAGGAUUCUUUCAAUGAAUGGCUGUGUAUGUGUAGACUAGACUAGACUAGACUAGAAUACCUAGAAUUCUUGCAAUCACUGAUAUUACUACGGAGGCAAAAUUGCGAGUUAAAAUUCAGGAGCCUGAAUUCUCUAGAUUUUUUUUACUGAAUUCAAUGUCUACUGAAGGAAUUCCUGGUGUUACCAAUGUAAAACAUGAAAACCUUCUUGCAUUAUUUCCUUAAGACAGACAUGUGAACAUUGUAGAAGAGAUUUCAACCUUAAUUGUUAAUGCAAAUCUGAAGAAUUGCUUAAUGUUCUUCUUGGGGUUCUGCAGGGUUUGCUGACGAAAUCUUGAAUGUCAAAUAACACAGCGUAACAAAAACUAACUUUUUGUCUGUCUCAAGAGCAAACAUAUGUGUCUCUGAAGGAUUUUGGGCUGCUGAAUCCGAAUCCGGGCUCAGAUUUGCUCUAACACGUCACAAUUUUCAGCUAUACCUCAAUUUAUAGGGCAAAAUAUGCGAUUUUGGGCUUCUUUGACUGUCAACCAUUAAGCAAGGAAAUAUUUUUUUAGGCAAUCAAAAGGUUAAUUGGUCAAUUAACAUCUAAAUUAACGACUCACGCAAAAUAUUUCGUUUUACCAAAUCGAAUUUGAUAGUUUUAAGCGAUUUAUGCUAGGCACAAUAUUUCCCAUACAAGUCACCCUCCAAAAGAUGCAUGCAAGUUUUCAUACUAACAUAAAAUGCUUAAAUCUAUCAAAUUUGAUUAGGUAAAACGAAAUAUUUUGCGUAAGUCGUUAAUUUAGAUGUUAAUGGACCAGUUAACUUUUUGAUUGCCUAAAAAAAUAUUUCCAAGCUUAAUGGCUUGCAGUCAAAAAAGCCCAAAAUCGCAUAUUUUGCCCUAUAAAUUGAGGUAUAGCUCAAAAUUGUGACGUGUUGGAGCAAAUCUGAGCCCGGAUUCGGAUUCAGCAGCCCAAAAUCCUUCGGAGACACAUAAGUUUGCUCUUGAGACAAAAAAAUGUUGCGCUGUGUAAUGCCUUAUACUGAAAUAUUGUUAGCCCUUCUUGUAGAUGAAUCUGAUGGUUUUUUAGUGUUACCUUUGACCGUUGAUCACAAAGUCCUUCUAGUUUAUAAAAUUGGAUAGAUUUUACCGUUGUUCCGGAUUUAUGCCCGGGAGGAGGGGGGUUGGGUUUGUUGGUUAGUGGUGCAACCUUUAAUCCGCCUUUGAAAACUGGCUAGCAACACAUCAAACUUCAUGAUUUUGCAAAACAGGAGUAUUGGAAAUUGUUUCUAGGGAUUUCAAGUAAACUGGCCAUGUCUCUGGAUCCAGAAACCUGGUGCUCAAAGAAAAGUAACCACUUUUUGAUCAUUUUUGGAACCUCGCUUGUGACAUAUCACACUUCAUGAUUUUACAGAAGAAGACUAUAUGAACAUGGUUCUAGGGAUUUUGGGUAUAAUGGCAACCUCUUCGGAUAUCCCGGAAACCUGGUGUUUCUAGGGAAGUGUGUUUGUUUUGUUGGUUCUGAAAAAUCAACAUUCAACUUACUUGGUAAGUUCUUCAAUAAUGGGAUUAGAAGAUAAUCCUAGAAUAUCGACAUUUUCCUUAAAUAUCUAAAAUGAGCCUUACAAAUUUCGUCCUAAAUGUCAAAGUUUUGUUUUUCAGGAUAUGAGAAUUUCAGCUAGAAAUUGCUAAUGAAUAGAAGGAGCGGACCUGGUGUGAUGAUUAGAACACUUGACUAUCACGCCGAGGACUAUCACGAAUCCCACUCCCGACAAACUUACAAAAUGUGAGUUCUUCUUUCGGAAGGGAAGUAAAGCCUAGUUCCCGAGAUGAACUAGCCUACGGCUAAAAAUAUCGUUAAUGCAGAUACAAAAAAAAAAUAAUGAAUGGAAAACUUUUCAUAAAAAUCCGCAGAUAUUUUCAAAAUUUGAGAAAAAUUCCGCCAAGGAAUUCACCGCUAGUGCUUUCAUAACAAACUCUAUUUCCUUUUUUGAAAAUUACCAAUUCCCACAAAAGAGGUCAUAGGUAUUUCGAGAAGCUCCAACAGAGAUUUAUCUUAGUCCUGUAUUUUUUUUUUAUCCAAUUGUAUUUUCAGAAGCCAGUUUCUUUAGAAAAUUUCCAAGAGAUGUCAAAAAAUCGCCAGCGAGUUCUUGCAAAAAUCCUUUAUAUAUACGAAAUAUCAAACUAUGUGUAAUCUAAUGGAUUUCGGUUGAUUUUGAAUCUGGUGGUUUGAAUAUAAUCUUAUUUUUUAAAUAUUUAUUUGUUAACACAAUUAUUGAAUGGAUUUUCUGAUUCAUUACCAGCAGAGUAUGUGAGCAAAUAUCACAGACAUUUAUUCAGUAUUUUAAUUUCAUCAAGCAUUUCUUAAGGAGUUCACAAAAGUCUUUUGGGAAUUCCGAAACACAUAUUUUCAAGCAUAGGUUUACUUUACAAAGCAUCCGGAAUAAGAAGCAUAUCUCAAGCAUAUGUUACAAAUUUAUUUAUUUUGAAGUUAAAGUCUCUAAAAUGAGCAUGAGCAUGAGCAUGAUUGACCGCCCGCGGUUGCUCCUCUGUUAUUGCAAGGACAGCUGCAUUUACACAAUGAACCAACAGAUAAUGCUUGGGACUAGCCUUCUCCUCAUUGUGUAAAUGCUGGCAUCCCAAUACUUUUUUUAAAACGCAAUACCAGCGCCGGCCGCGUCCGAAUGCAGGUCAAUUGAGGAUAGGGAAGGAAGUGAUGACGUGAUUCUCGCUUAGGCCAAUAACCGAGGAAUUCUCUGCGUUAUUACGAGUAAUCACUAGGAGUUUGGAUACGGGAAGGAUGAUUUGUUAGGGGCUUUGUUUUGGUAAACAAAUUGCUACAAUCACCAGACCGAUUCUUGUUUUGCUACGAACGAUGCACUCGCGAAAAAUUGAAUACGUCCUCACAUACGCGACAUGUCAGGGAAUAAUGUCCACCGCACAAUCAAUUCAAGAAAACAAAACCGCAUCUACUGCUAGCUGGCGUCGUACGGCUGAUCCCGGAUACCACACUCACGCCCCGAUCACUGUAUUUUAACUACCGGAUAGCUUCCAGACAUUCCAUUUUUUUUAUAUCAAAAAUAGUUUGCGUAAAACGAGGUUCGCGAAAAUAAGAAUCGGAAGAAAUACACAUCAACACCCGUGAAAUUACGAAACUGUACUCGAAGAAACAGAACACGCGAAAUUACGAAACUCGGCUCGAAGAAAUCAACGCGGACACCGUGGUCUACCUGCCACUGAAUCGAACGGUAAUCUUAAUCUUUCUAAAAAAGAGAUGCCAUGCCGUUUUGAUCGCUGCUUGUAAAUCUGAAAUAGAAAAUAGUAUUAAAUGGUAAUACGUUCACAACAGUUAUAUUUUUUGUAAAUUGUGUUAUUUACACAUAGGACAAAUUUACCUGCAUUCCUCUAAAACAAACGGUAUAUUAGCAGUGAAAAACAAAUUACAAAAAUAGAAUAAAAAACAAUUAAUAAACAAAAAAAAACAGUAAAAAAAGUAAACCAAAUCUUGAUCCUGCAUUUAAAUUAACCAGACUGGAUAAUAGCAAGAUUAAAAUUUGGUAUAAUAUAGUAGAUCUUACGCCGUAACGCACCAUUCCAAGGUGAUCUACCCACGUUACGGGUUAAUUUGAAGUUAAAGUCUCUAAAAUUUUGUAAAACUGUCAUAGUAUGUAUCACAAUGACACUGUAAAUAUUUCAGUUUUACAGAUCCACUUAAAAGUUUGGAUUAUUGGAUGUUUUACAUGCUCCAUAGGUAUAUAAAGAAAAGUCGGGAAAAUUCAAAAUUCAUGCGGGAAAAAGUCGGGAAAAAUGCGGGAAUUUCAAUUUCGAUUUUGUGUGGCCACCCUGUCAUUCCUAAUUUUGCCUUCAACUUUAAGAUUAUAAACAAAAAUACUUGUUUCGCAGUUUUGUCGCUGACUACAUUGACCACAAUGCACGUUUGUUAACAGUUUGUAAUUCGACUUGAAGUUUACCACAGAAAUCAUUCUAUGAUUAUUUGCCACAUUAAAUCUAAUUUAAUUUGCGAAACGCAAAGAAUAAACAAAAAAAAAACAAACAUCUUGAGUUUUUGUGUAAUGUUAUUACUAUGUACUGCUACGUAUGGAUAAUUUAUUUUAUUACACGCAAUACGCAUAACCACCCGCAUGUGACACGGAACAGAAAAAAUAUCCAGAUUCACAUUUAGAAAAAAAAAAAUAAAACUAUCACAAAUCAUUGAUGAA